CGCUGGGAAGGAAAGUGAAUAGAGAUAAAGCUUGUACCAAAAUCGAAACUUCCACACGCGUUAUUAUUCACACGAACCUCUCUCUCUCUCCCUGUCUAUCUCUCGUGUAAGGUGGGCACAGAGAUCAACACACAGCCCAUAAUUUUUCACCGUCUAUGGACUCCAGUUCCCAGCCGGCAGGUGGGAGUCCUCCUGCAAAACCUUGGGAAAGAUCAGGGACCUCGUCGUCUGGCCCUACGCCUUUUAAACCGCCAACACCUGGCAGUACCAGUGAUGUAGUUGAGGCAUCUGGAACAGCAAGACCAGGUGAAAUUGUUCCAGCUGCUAAUAGGACUACUGCUGUCAACAACACUAAUACUCUUGGUAGACCUGUACCCACCAGGCCGUGGGAGCAGCAAACAUAUGGUAGCUCAUAUGGAGGAUAUAACUCCGGCAUGAAUUAUAACUCUGGAUAUGGUUCUGGGAUGUAUGGUUCUUCAUAUGGUGGAUUGGGAGGGUCUUAUGGCAGUGGAUUGUAUGGAAACAGCAUGUAUAGAGGAGGUUAUGGCGGUUUGUAUGGAGGUGGCAUGUAUGGUGGGGGAACGUAUAGUGGUGGUUUUGGUGGUGGCUAUGGAAUGGGGGGAAUGGGUGGGAUGGGUGGGAUGGGUGGAAUGGGAGGAAUGGGGCCUUAUGGUGAUCAAGAUCCGAAUAAUCCAUAUGGUGCUCCUUCAUCUCCUCCUGGAUUUUGGAUUUCUUUUCUUCGAGUGAUGCAAGGUGUUGUCAACUUUUUUGGUCGUAUAUCAAUUCUGAUAGACCAGAACACCCAGGCUUUUCACAUGUUCAUGACUGCGAUGCUUCAGCUCUUUGAUCGCACAGGCUUGUUGUAUGGAGAGUUGGCCAGGUUUGUGUUGAGGUUGUUAGGAAUCAAAACAAAACCCAGGAAGGUUCAAGGACCAGGACCUGAUGGACUUCCUGCUCCUCACAACCCCCAUGGGAAUCAGAACUACAUAGAGGGGCCUAAGGGUGCUCCAAGUGGUGGAUGGGAUAAUGUUUGGGGAGACAAUGGUAGCAGUUAAGCUGAACAUAUACAAUUUACUAGGGAAGAAACUAGAGAUGAGAGCUGUGUUAUGGAAGGAGGGGUUGAGAUGGAUGCAGUGCUCAUUGAAGGAGGUUUUCUUGCUGAACCAAGUCUACUGUGUGCUUGAAAUAAUAGACUCUUGUCUCUCAAAAGAAGGCAAGCAUCCACAACAAAAUAGUUGUGCCAAAAUUUUCUUCGUGCCUGAUUGUUGUACCAAUUGUGGAAAGGGGGGAGAUAUUAUAAAUGUUAGAAAUGAUGGGAGAUAUUUGGAAUAUAUAACAUUCUAUUCUAUUUAAAUAAAUAAUGAUUACUGUUUCAAAUUA